AUGGACGCGAUGGGAUCGUUUCAGACACCGUUUGGCAACAACCUUGGCAAUCUGUUACAACAACAUCAAACCCAGCAACAGCAGCAACAACAGCAACACCUUCUGCAGCAGCAACAACAGCAGCAGCAGCAGCAACAACAACACCACAACCAACACCACCUGCAGCAGCAACAGCAGCAGCAGCAAAACCACCACCAGCAAACCUCGAUGAUGAACAAUGCAGCAUUAAUGCAACAUCAGCAGCAGCAGCAACAGCAGCAACAUCUUCACCAUCAUCAGCAGCAGCAACAGCACCAUCAGCACCAGCAACAGCAGCUGCAACAGCAGCAGCAACAUCAACACCAGCAGCAAACGCUCGGUUCCGGUGGUGGACACCAUCACGGCCUAUCGGCAGCCCAAAGUGCUGCCAUGAUGUCGCAGCGCAACCCGUUCGGAUUUGAUUUCAACCACUUUCAAAGCAACUACUAA